AUGUCCGGCAUAUCACCUGACGUCAUCAGCCACAAGCUCAGCAUCUCCCCCGCCUAUAAACCAGUCAAACAGAAGCGCCGUUCGUAUGAUGCCGAACGGUAUGAGGCUAUGCGAACCGAAGUUGACAAGCUUAAAGCCAUCGGCUUUAUCAGGGAAGCUACGUACCUUGUCUGGCUUGCCAACUCAGUCAUGGUUCGGAAGGCCAAGGGAGGAUGGCGAAUGUGUCAGGACUAUACCGACCUGAAUAAGGCCUGUCCGAAGGACAGCUUCCCAUUGCCGAGGAUCGACCAACUCGUUGACGCGACCGCUGGACACGAGCUGCUCAGCUUCAUGGAUGCCUAUUCAGGGUACAACCAGAUUUUCAUGGACCCUGCCGAUAGCGAGCAUACGGCAUUCAUCACUGACCUCGGGUUGUACUCUUAUAAUGUCAUGCCUUUCGGCCUGAAGAACGCGGGGGCAACAUAUCAACGGCUCGUCAAUCGGAUUUUUGCUAAACACAUCGGCGGCAUUAUGGAGGUGUAUGUCGACGACAUGUUGGUAAAAAGCAAAACGGCAGGGGGGCAUCUGGAAAAUUUAGCCCUCAUGUUCGGUAUACUGAAAGACUACCGAAUGAGGUUGAACCUAACGAAGUGCACCUUCGGUGUAUAUUCGGGGAAAUUUCUCGGAUUCAUGAUCAGCCAAAGAGGAAUCGAGGCCAAUCUCGAGAAAAUCAAAGCCAUAAUCGACGCGCUUCCGGACGUGUUAGCCUUACCGGACGUGUCGCUACCUUGA